GAAGUCAUAAAAGUCAUUCAUGAAUGAGAGUUGUGUACAAAGUGGAGAGCUCCAGGUGAUUUGAUUUGUAUAUGUACAUGCGUUUCUAGAGUGGACUUGGGAGAUUUCGAGAUUUAGUACAUUUGUUAGGAUUUCAUAUAAAAGGAAAGGAAAAAAUACAGAAAGGAAAAGACUUGCUCCAAGGGAAUUACAAACGACGAUAAGCAAAAAAUGUCAUCUGGACAGUGACAGUAACAGGAGUUGUUAGGAUACAAAUAUGCCGCACAUUGAAGUAACCGUGAUUGACGGUUCACCUAAGCUACCUGAAAUUAUUGAGCUUCGCGGUGUCCCAAACCAAGACUCGGACUCUGCUUAUGCCAGUUCGUUGGAAACCAUAGACAUUGCAGACAUAGAAAGCGGGGAUAUUAAAAAGAAGACAGUCACAGAAACACCUACUGUGGCGAAUGAUAUUAGUGAACAAGAUAAGCAAUCACAUCCCGGAGACAGGGCUGACUCAGAAGAUGUGAUGUUCGAGGAAUUAGUUGAAGAACCUCCAAAUGGAUUCUUCCGAGGAGUAGCGAUUAUACAGACAUCCGUUACUGAGACUUACGCGACAUAUAAUAUAGGCAUAUGGAGAGCAAUCUACGUCAUUCUCCUGGUUCUAUACGCUGUCUACGUGGGGCUAGCAAUGCGGCAUCGUUUCGGAGACGAGGGUUCGGUGCGUCUGGUCGUUGCUACUGUGGUGGCAGCGGUCUUGGGGUUAGCCACGGUAAUAUGGCGUUACUGUGAAGCGUCACUGACUAGCUACAUUGGUGAGCCUGUGAUGAAUUUCUUGAAGACUGCCUAUUGGAGGUGGCUCACGAUUUGCCUGUAUGUGGCCUUAUUGAUCGCCCUUGUGGUCUACCUGGUGGUAGAAGUGGCCAUACCGAACCCGUACAACCUGGUCUCCGCCGCGGGGAUACUGGUCUACGUGCUUCUGAUGUUCGUGUUCUCUCACAAUCCGGCAAGGGUGAAAUGGCGACCAGUUAUAUGGGGUCUUUCACUGCAGUUCAUCAUUGCCCUACUGAUUCUCCGCACGUCCUGGGGGUUUGAGGCGUUCAAGUGGCUAGGAGACAGAGUGACAGAAUUUCUGGCUAAUUCAGACGCUGGUGCCGCCUUUGUCUUUGGAUCUGACACGUAUAUGCAUCAUUUUUUCGCUUUCAAGGUUCUGUCAGUAGUCGUGUUCUUCAGCACAGCCAUAUCGGUGUUAUAUUAUCUCGGAGUGAUGCAGGUGGUGAUUAGGAAGGUUGCCUGGGUGAUGCAGGUUUCCAUGGGAACGACUGCGGGUGAAUCUCUCAAUGCGGCAGGCAAUAUUUUCAUUGGACAGACCGAGGCACCACUCAUGAUCCGUCCCCUGUUGCCAAACAUGACAAACUCAGAAAUACAUGCUGUGAUGACUGGAGGGUUUGCUACAAUAGCCGGAAGUGUGCUGGCGGCUUAUAUAAUAUUUGGUGUCCCAGCCAACCAUCUUUUGUCCGCCUCUGUGAUGUCAGCCCCAGCAGCUCUGGCAAUGGCAAAGUUAUUCUAUCCCGAAACUAAGAAAUCCAAGACUACAUCAAAAGACAUCCAAGUUAUGGAGACACUGAAAGAGAGAAACAUCAUCGAGGCAGCUUCAUCCGGGGCUUCAUCGUCCAUUAAACUGGUCGCCAACAUCGCCGCCAACCUGAUCGCGUUCCUUGCUCUCCUGGAGUUCGUGAACGCCACGCUAAAGUGGUGUGGGCAUCGCGUUGGGCUUGAGCCUCCAUUGUAUCCUGAACUCACGUUCCAGUUGAUAUGCUCUUACGUUUUAUGGCCAUUUGCCUUUGUUAUGGGAACGGAUGCGGUAGAUUGCCGUAAGGUGGCAGAACUGAUAGGGAUCAAGACGUUCCUGAACGAAUUCGUCGCUUAUGAUGCCCUGGGAAAGCUAAUUAACAACAGGGACAUCUUACAAAGUUACACAAAGCAGAACUUUACAGAGGGACCGCAGUAUAUAUUUGAUGUCAUUUUCUUACCAGCUACAAACCAGACAUUAGUGGGCGGGGUGUUAACGCCUCGUUCCGAAGUUAUAGCAACAUACGCCCUCUGUGGAUUUGCAAACCUGGCCUCAAUAGGCGUCCAACUGGGUGGCCUGGGAGCGAUGGCGCCCUCUAGGAAACGUGACUUGGCCAAAGUGGUGGUGAGGGCGAUGAUUGCCGGGAACGUGGCUUGUUUCCUUACAGCGUGUAUAGCAGGGUUAUUGUACACCGGUGAAUCGGUGUAAUGACGUGGAUAAAAAAAAUAAAGGUCGGGGAGCUGUAAAGGGCUCAUUAUAUCCCCAGGGAAUUAUGGAUAAUGACACAGGCCUUGCUCCGAAAUCUCAGGAUACACAGCACGACAGACCACAAAGAAGAAAGGGAAAUAAUGUGACGUGAUAUUAAAAUGACUUGUGAUUAUUCAUAGGAGAUAACUACAGCAUACAUGUAGCUAAAUAACAUAUUGUUCUUAUUAUCUAAACACUGAAAACAUUCCAUUUAACAUCGGUGUUUUUAUAUUCUUUGUUAUUAUUUUUCGUCGCACAUAAUUUAUACAAUAAAUGGUGUGAGAUUAAAGAUGACGGUACAUUAAUUGUCCUAUAUAUUCAUUACACAGAAGUUCAUUGAUUGAUUUCGUUAUCUCUGAAAUAAAUAUUUAUUUGUCUCUUUUA